AUGGCGUUCCCUCCUCCCCCGCCACCGCCGCCGCCUCCGCCAGGCCCUCCAGGCUCUGGAUAUGCGCCGCCACCACCUCCACCCCCUCCUGGACCCCCGGGCGCUCCUGGCACUGUAGGCCCACCUGGUAUGCGACCGCCCAUCGAUCCACAAAUCGCCAAGUUCGUACAGAAAAAGAAGGAUUGGCUGCGACAACAGCGACAACGGUUCGGCGAGAAGCGCAAGGCUGGUUUUGUGGAGACGCAGAAGGCAGACCUACCCCCGGAGCAUCUGCGCAAGGUCUUUAGGGACAUCGGCGAUGUGUCACAGAAGAAAUUCACGAGUGACAAGCGUAGCUACCUCGGUGCGCUGAAGUUUAUGCCUCAUGCGGUCCUGAAACUUUUGGAGAACAUGCCCAUGCCUUGGGAGAGCAGACGAGAUGUGAAGGUCUUGUAUCACACUAACGGAUGUCUGACCCUGGUCAAUGAGGUUCCUCGGGUUAUUGAGCCGGUCUUCCAUGCACAAUGGGCAGCUAUGUGGCUAGCCAUGCGAAAGGAGAAGAGUGAUCGUCGGCAUUUCAAACGUAUGCGCUUCCCGCCUUUCGACGACGAGGAACCACCGCUAUCAUACUCUGAGAACAUUGAGGACGUCGAGCCUCUGGAGCCAAUUCAGCUGGAGCUUGAUGAGGAUGAGGAUGGGCCAGUAGUUGAAUGGUUUUACGAACACCGACCACUCCUUGAUACCCCACACAUCAAUGGGCCGAGCUACGAAACAUGGAACCUCGACCUUCCACAAAUGGCGACCCUGUAUCGUUUGAGUCGACAGCUCCUUAGCGACACCGUCGACAAGAACUAUUUCCACAUGUUCGAAAUGAACAGCUUCUUAACAGCAAAGGCACUCAAUGUGGCAAUCCCUGGAGGGCCUCGUUUCGAACCGCUAUACAAGGACAUUGACCCGAACGAUGAGGACUUUGGCGAGUUCAACGCAAUCGACCGCAUCAUUUUCCGCGCUCCAAUCCGAACAGAGUACCGCGUUUCGUACCCGUUCCUCUACAACUCGCUUCCGCGUAGCGUCAAGCUGGCGUGGUAUUCUCACCCGCAGGUCGUUUACGUUCGUGCGGAGGACCCAAGUCUCCCCGCGUUCUACUUCGAUCCCAUCAUCAACCCAAUCUCGUCUCGAGCAGUCGCCCCAAAGAACAUCUCUGUCAGCCAUGAGGAUCAGGUCUUUGGUCAGGGUAGUGAUGAGGACGAUGAGGAUGAUUUCCAGCUGCCAGACGAGAUGGAACCGUUCAUGGCCGAUGAGGAUACCUCUACGCCCGAGACAGCUUCGGCCAUCGCCCUUUGGUGGGCGCCACACCCGUUCGACAAGCGUUCAGGCCGAAUGGUGAGAGCGCAGGAUGUUCCUCUUGUGAAGCAGUGGUACCUCGAGCACGUGCCUGCCGGGCAGCCGGUCAAGGUCCGGGUCUCUUAUCAGAAGCUGCUCAAAACAUUCGUCUUGAACGAGCUUCAUAAGAAAAAACCACAAGCACAGAACAAGCAAAACCUGAUGCGAACGCUGAAGGGAACGAAGUUCUUCCAGCAGACCAAGAUCGAUUGGGUCGAGGCAGGUUUACAGGUUUGCAGGCAAGGCUACAACAUGCUCAACCUGCUCAUUCACCGAAAGAACUUGACCUACUUGCAUCUCGACUACAACUUCAACCUGAAGCCAGUCAAGACACUCACGACGAAGGAACGAAAGAAGUCUCGCUUCGGAAAUGCCUUCCAUCUCAUGCGAGAAAUUCUUCGAUUGACGAAACUGAUCGUUGAUGCACAGGUCCAGUACCGACUGGGCAACAUUGACGCCUUCCAGCUCGCUGAUGGUAUCCUGUAUGCGUUCAACCAUGUCGGUCAACUGACUGGUAUGUAUCGAUACAAGUAUAAGCUGAUGCAUCAGAUCCGCUCGUGCAAGGAUCUCAAGCAUCUCAUCUACUAUCGAUUCAACUCUGGCCCUGUCGGCAAGGGUCCUGGUUGCGGUUUCUGGGCCCCAGCAUGGAGAGUCUGGCUGUUCUUUAUGCGCGGUAUUAUCCCCCUACUAGAGCGCUGGCUCGGUAACCUUCUUUCUCGUCAGUUUGAAGGUCGUCACAGUAAGGGUGUCGCGAAGACAGUGACUAAGCAGCGUGUUGAAUCGCAUUUCGAUUUGGAACUCCGUGCUGCCGUGAUGAGCGAUCUCAUGGACAUGAUGCCCGAGGGUAUCAAGCAGAACAAGGUCAACACUGUCUUGCAGCAUUUGUCAGAAGCAUGGCGAUGCUGGAAGAGCAACAUUCCUUGGAAAGUCCCUGGACUCCCCGCACCGAUUGAGAACAUCAUUUUGCGAUACGUCAAGAGCAAGGCAGACUGGUGGAUCUCGGUUGCACAUUACAACCGUGAGCGCAUUCGACGAGGUGCUACUGUGGACAAGACUGUUGCGAAGAAGAACCUUGGGCGCUUGACCCGUUUGUGGCUGAAGGCUGAGCAAGAACGUCAACACAACUACAUGAAGGAUGGCCCAUACGUUUCAUCCGAAGAAGCCGUUGCUAUCUACACAACGAUGGUCCAUUGGCUGGAAGCGAGGAAGUUCCAGCCCAUUCCGUUCCCCAGCGUUUCUUACAAGCAUGACACCAAAAUCCUCAUCCUCGCCUUGGAACGCUUGCGGGAGGCGUACUCGGUCAAGGGCCGACUCAACCAGAGCCAGCGUGAAGAACUCGCUCUUAUCGAACAGGCCUACGACUCUCCGGGAACGACACUCGCUCGAAUCAAGCGAUUCUUGCUCACGCAGCGUGCUUUCAAAGAAGUGGGAAUUGACAUGAACGACAAUUACAGCAACAUCAACCCAGUCUACGAUAUCGAGCCAAUGGAGAAGAUCACGGAUGCCUAUCUUGAUCAGUACCUCUGGUACCAAGCUGACCAGCGACACCUGUUCCCAGCUUGGAUCAAGCCUUCGGACUCGGAAGUUCCUCCUCUCUUGACCUACAAGUGGGCACAGGGUAUCAACAAUCUUGACAAAGUCUGGGAGCAUCAAGACGGCGAGUGCAAUGUCAUGAUCGAGACACAAUUGUCCAAGGUCUAUGAAAAGAUCGAUCUGACCAUGCUCAACCGUCUGUUGCGACUCAUCAUGGACCACAACUUGGCGGACUACAUCACCGCAAAGAAUAACGUCCAGCUGAACUACAAGGACAUGAACCACGUCAACGCUUACGGCAUGAUUCGUGGACUACAGUUUUCCGGCUUUGUGUUCCAGUUCUAUGGGCUUGUUCUCGAUAUCCUCCUGCUAGGCUUGCAGCGAGCAAACGAGAUCGCCGGUGCUCCCGAGAGUCCAAACGAUUUCUUGCAAUUCAAGGACAAAGAUGCGGAAGUGCGCCACCCCAUCCGACUGUACACGAGGUACAUCGAUCGUAUCUGGGUGUUCUUCAGAUUCACCGCCGAAGAAUCGCGAGAUCUGAUCCAGCGGUUCUUGACAGAGAAUCCUGACCCGAACUUCGAGAACGUCAUUGGGUACAAGAACAAGAAGUGCUGGCCUCGAGACUCAAGGAUGCGCUUGAUGCGUCACGACGUCAAUCUCGGUCGUGCGGUCUUCUGGGACCUGAAAAACCGAUUGCCACGUUCAGUGACUACAAUCGAGUGGGAUGACACUUUUGCCAGCGUCUACAGUCGCGACAACCCGAAUUUGCUUUUCUCAAUGUCCGGAUUCGAGGUUCGUAUCUUGCCCAAGAUUCGUAACUUGACUGGCGAAUUCCCGGUCAAGGAUAGCGUUUGGUCCCUCAUCGACAAUUCUACGAAGGAGCGAACCGCAGAUGCCUUCUUGCAGGUGACAGAAGAGGACAUUCAGAAGUUCAAUAAUCGCAUUCGACAGAUUCUUAUGUCCUCUGGAUCAACAACCUUCACGAAGAUUGCCAACAAGUGGAACACGACAUUGAUUGCACUCUUCACUUACUAUCGUGAAGCCGCAGUUUCCACUGUCAACUUGCUUGAUACCAUUGUCAAGUGUGAAACUAAGAUUCAGACGCGUGUGAAGAUAGGACUGAACUCCAAGAUGCCUUCACGUUUCCCUCCCGCGGUGUUCUACACUCCCAAGGAACUUGGUGGAUUGGGUAUGAUUUCUGGAUCACACAUUCUCAUUCCAACAAGCGACAAGCGCUGGUCAAAACAGACCGACACUGGUGUAACGCAUUAUCGUGCGGGUAUGUCUCAUGACGAAGAGACUCUCAUCCCGAACAUCUUCCGAUACAUCAUCCCAUGGGAGUCUGAGUUCACUGACUCUCAACGUGUGUGGAUGGAGUACUCCCAGAAGCGUCAAGAGGCGCAACAGCAGAAUCGACGAUUGACUCUUGAAGAUUUGGAGGAUAGUUGGGAUCGAGGUCUCCCUCGUAUCAAUACGCUCUUCCAGAAGGACCGAAGCACACUCAGUUUCGACAAGGGCUUCCGAGCCAGGACUGAGUUCAAGAUCUACCAGCAUAUGAAGAGCAAUCCUUUCUGGUGGACGAGCCAGCGUCACGACGGAAAGCUCUGGAACUUAAACGCUUAUCGAACGGACGUCAUCCAGGCACUUGGUGGUGUAGAGACUAUUCUCGAGCACACAUUGUUCAAGGCGACCGCGUUCCCAUCCUGGGAAGGUCUCUUCUGGGAGAAGGCUUCCGGUUUCGAAGAAUCCAUGAAGUUCAAGAAGCUCACUAACGCUCAGCGGUCCGGUCUUAACCAAAUUCCCAACCGUCGCUUCACACUGUGGUGGUCCCCAACAAUCAACCGAGCUAACGUCUACGUCGGUUUCCAGGUCCAAUUGGAUCUCACGGGUAUCUUCUUGCACGGCAAGAUUCCGACGCUCAAAAUUUCACUCAUCCAGAUCUUCCGUGCUCAUUUGUGGCAGAAGAUCCACGAGUCUGUCGUCAUGGAUCUUUGCCAGGUCUUCGAUCAGGAACUCGAGGCUCUCGGUAUUGAGACAGUCCAGAAGGAGACGAUCCAUCCUCGAAAGUCGUACAAGAUGAACAGCUCAUGCGCUGACAUCUUGCUCUUUGCCAGCCACAAGUGGAGUGUAUCACCGCCGUCUAUGCUGUACGAUACCAAGGAUACCAUGAGUGCCACUACAACGAACAAAUUCUGGGUCGACGUUCAACUGCGUUAUGGCGAUUACGACUCUCACGACAUCGAGCGCUACGUACGUGCCAAAUACCUCGAUUACACCCAGGAUAGCAUGAGUAUCUACCCUUCGGCUACAGGUCUGAUGAUCGGUAUCGACUUGGCUUACAACCUCUACUCGGCAUACGGACAGUACUUCCCUGGUCUGAAGCAGCUCAUCCAGCAGGCUAUGGCGAAGGUCAUGAAGGCCAACCCAGCUCUCUAUGUCCUACGCGAGCGUAUCCGCAAGGGUCUCCAGCUGUAUGCCUCAGAGAGCUCUCAAGAGUUCCUCAACUCUCAGAACUACUCCGAGCUGUUCAGCAACCAGAUCCAGCUGUUCAUUGACGACACCAACGUUUACCGUGUGACAAUCCACAAGACUUUCGAGGGUAACUUGACUACGAAGCCUAUCAACGGUGCCAUCUUCAUCUUCAAUCCUCGUACUGGUCAACUAUUCUUGAAGAUCAUCCACACAAGCGUCUGGGCAGGUCAGAAGCGUCUUGGACAGCUGGCCAAGUGGAAGACUGCUGAAGAAGUGGCCGCUUUGAUUCGAUCUCUUCCUGUGGAGGAGCAACCGAAGCAGCUCAUCGUCACACGUAAGGGUCUGUUGGAUCCUCUCGAAGUCCAUUUGCUUGACUUCCCCAACAUCUCGAUCCGUGCAUCCGAGCUUCAACUUCCAUUCCAGGCAGCCAUGAAGGUUGAGAAACUUGGAGAUAUGAUUCUUCGAGCGACUGGACCUCAAAUGGUUCUCUUCAAUCUCUACGAUGAAUGGCUGAAGACAAUCUCAUCAUACACCGCCUUCUCUCGAUUGAUCCUAAUCUUGCGUGCACUCCACGUCAACCAGGAUAAGACGAAGCUACUCCUGCGACCUGACAAGACUGUGAUCACUCAGGAGCAUCACAUCUGGCCGUCGCUAGCCGAUGAGGAUUGGAUCAAGGUCGAAGUGCAGCUUCGUGAUCUCAUUCUCAAUGACUACGGCAAGAAGAACAACGUCAACACGUCUUCGCUCACAAGCAGUGAAGUGCGUGACAUCAUACUGGGUAUGGAAAUCUCAGCACCCUCGAUGCAACGUCAACAGGCCGCCGAAAUCGACAAGCAGCAACAAGAGCAGCAGCAGUUGACCGCCGUCACCACGAAGACCCAGAACGUGCACGGCGAGGAGAUGGUUGUGACAACCACUUCCCAAUACGAACAGGCCUCUUUCGCCUCGAAGACGGAAUGGCGAACCAGGGCAGUGGCUACGUCGAACUUGCGAACGCGUGCCAACAAUAUCUAUAUCAAUUCGGAAGAUGUCAAGGAAGAAGGCCAUUUCACCUAUGUCAUGCCGAAGAAUGUCCUCAAGCGUUUCAUCACCAUUGCCGAUCUCCGCGUGCAAGUCGCUGGUUACCUGUACGGGAAGUCGCCACCAGACAACGACCAAGUCAAGGAAAUCAGCACGAUCGUCAUGAUUCCACAAGUCGGCAACACCCGUGAUGUCCAGUUGCCAAAGCAGCUUCCUCAGCACGAGUAUCUCGACAACCUCGAGCCGCUAGGCAUCAUCCACACUGUCAGUGGCAACGAGCCUCCUUACAUGCAAGCUAGCGACGUAACUCAGCACGCCCGCCUCAUGAACGCUCAUGCCAGCUGGGACAAGAAGACCGUCAGUAUGACUGUCUCCUUCACCCCCGGCUCCGUUUCCCUUGCUGCCUGGGCCCUCACCCCCAACGGCUACAAGUGGGGCGCCGACAACAAAGACACCAUGUCCGACAGCCCAGCAGGUUUCAGCACCGCGUUCGGCGAGAAGUGCCAGCUUCUCCUGUCCGACAAGAUUCGCGGAUACUUCUUGGUACCUGACAACGGCAUUUGGAAUUACAGCUUCAUGGGAAGUGCGUUUGGGAACGUCGAGAAGAAGUCGGUGCAUGUGCGACUCGAUACACCGGUCAGGUUUUAUGACAGUGUGCAUCGACCAUUGCAUUUCCACAACUUUGCGGAACUGGAGGAUGUCUGGGUUGACCGCGAGAAUCAGUUCGAGUAG